GGCGGCGGCGGCAUGGAGCAGGACUCCGGCCCAGAGGGCGUGCGCCGGGCGAUGGGCCGUCUGCUGGAGGCGGUGCUGGCGAGCCGCGGCGAGGCCAACGCGGUGUUCGACAUCCUGGCGGUGCUGCAGUCCGAGGACCACGAGGAGACCCAGGAGGCGGUGCGCGCGUGCAGCCGUCUUUUCGGGGCCCUGCUGCAGCGGGGAGAGCUGUUUGUGGGCCAGCUGCCCUCCGAGGACUCGGUCAUGGCGGGCUCUCAGGGAGCUACACGCAAGUACAAGGUGUGGAUGCGGCACCGCUACCGCAGCUGCCUCAACCGCCUCCAGGAGCUCCUGGUUCACCCCUCCUUCGAGGUCAAGGAGCUGGCUCUCAGCACACUCAUGAAGUUUGUGCAGCUGGAAGGAGCUCACCCCCUGGAGAAACCGAAGUGGGACGGCUACUACCUGUUUCCUCGCCAGCUCCUCAAGGCGGUGGUGGAAGGUCUGCUGUCUCCGGAGGACGACUGCUCGCUGCUCCUGGCCCGGUUCCGGGAGUACCUGGAGCACGACGACAUCCGCUACCACACGAUGCAGGCGGCCACGGACACUGUGGGCCGCGUCACUGACAGGCACCCGGAGGUGCCGCUCACGUUCUGGAACAAUGCCUUCACGCUGUUGUCGUCCGUGAGUCUACCCUGUCAGGAGCGUGGGAUCUCCAGCUUCUACGUGAAGCACGGGGAGCUGCCGCGCACGUGGAAGGUCGUUCAUCUGAAGGAGCACAGGAAGGCUUUCCAAGGGAUGUGGCUCGGCUUUCUCAAGCAUAAGCUACCCCUCAGUCUCUACAAGAAGGUGCUGGUAAUCAUGCACGACUCCAUCCUGCCGCACCUGGCCCAGCCCAGCCUCAUGAUCGACUUCCUUACCCGCGCCUACGACGUGGGGGGAGCCAUUAGUCUCUUGGCCUUGAACGGACUUUUUAUCCUGAUUCAUCAGCACAACCUCGAGUACCCCGAUUUCUACCGGAAACUCUAUGGUCUUCUGGACCCGUCUGUCUUUCACGUGAAGUACCGGGCCCGGUUUUUCCACUUGGCCGAUCUCUUCCUGUCGUCCUCCCAUCUGCCCGCCUACCUGGUGGCUGCAUUCGCCAAGCGCUUGUCCCGCCUGGCCCUAACAGCGCCCCCCGAGGCCCUGCUCAUGGUCCUGCCCUUCAUCUGCAACCUGCUGCGCCGCCACCCCGCCUGCCGUGUCCUCGUGCACCGCCCCCUGGGCCCGGAGCUGGAUGCCGACCCCUAUGACCCCGAAGAGGAGGACCCCGCCAAGAGCCGAGCUCUGGAGAGUUCGCUGUGGGAGCUGCAGGCCCUCCAGCGGCAUUACCACCCUGAGGUGUCCCAGGCUGCCAGCGUCAUCAACCAGGCGCUGUCUGUGCCCGAGGUCAGCAUCGCCCCACUGCUGGAGCUCACAGCAUUCGAGGUGUUUGAGCGGGACCUGAAGAAGAAGGGCCAGGGGUCCGUACCACUGGAGUUCAUCCCCGCUCGGGGUCUGCUGGGCCGGCAGGAUGACCUCUGCGCGCAGCACUUCACACUCAGCUGACCCUGUGGUCUCCCUGCCCCCCGCCCCAUCAGUGGUUUCGUGGGAGAGCCAACAGGGUGGACUGUGGGCAGUGAGGGGUCUGGGGAGCCGCUGAACCUGUCUCCCGGCUCCUGUGGCAGCCGUGUCCACGGGCCGACGUCCACAGUGCCGGCCCGCUGUGUGCACCGGCA